AAGGAACUUCAGAGAGCUUCAGAACAGACUGGAGGAUGGUCAUUCUUAAGGACUUAACCUGAUUGUUCUCUGACUGACAGUUAGUCCACAUUGUUUUGAAGUGACUGUCGUUCUGUUGGCCAUCAGGCAACGACUGACCAGCAGAGAACAGGAAGAGAAGUAGAUUUCAUUUUUUUUUACAUAUUAAUGUAUGUAUCUAUUUUUAAAAGAUGUCGCUUUGGGUAUUUUUACCUGCCAGUCUGCCUCUCUGCACCAUUUCCGGGGCUUGGAUUGUGUACGCUAUGGCAGUCUACAACCACCACGUCUGUCCCGUCAAUAACUGGGUGUAUAACUCGUCGUGUGAGGAGCCUCUGGUGAUGCAGACCGGGCCGUUUUUCUGCUGUACACUGGAUAACAUCCCUCUCAUAAGUAAGUGUGGUGCCUUGCCUCCGGAAAGUUGCUGGUUCAGUCUCCUCUGCAGUGCUGGAUCCUUUAUGGUGGUGCUGAUUGGUGUGCUCCGGUAUGCUCAGGUGAAACACAGACAGGAGAACAGUCUGUUGAACAUGCUGGGUCUGUGCACUGGCUGGCUUUGUGCUGCAGGCCUCAUCAUAGUUGGAAACUUCCAGGUGGACUUUGCGAAGGUGCUGCACUAUGUGGGAGCAGGUUUGGCGUUCCCCAAUAGUGUGCUGUUCGUGUGUGCGCAGACAGUCCUGACGUACCGGCUCGCCAAAACACGCACGGACCUACACACCGCUCACCUCCGCUUGACCCUCAGCCUGCUCGCCUUCAUCACACUCAUCCUCAGUGGAGUGUUUUUUAUGCAGGAGGGCUUUGCUCUGCAGCACGGCGCCGCUGUCUGCGAGUGGCUUUUCCUCAUCAUUAUCCUGCUCUUUUACGGAUCUUUCGUUUUUGAGUUCCGCUUCAUAUCUGCAGAAACGCUGCUGGUUCUGAUCGGGAAAGCAGGAGAUCCUCGAGCUCAUCUCUCUCAGGAUGACUGUAUACUGGAGAAUAAACCAGUCUCACGUGAAGGACCAGCACUGGACUGAAGCACAGACUGAUAAAUUAAAGAAAUAAAGACUUUGGGACAGAUUUAAGGAGCCAUGCACAGGUUCUCCAGUCUGUGGAACUACUGGAACUGCACUGGAGGGAUAAAGAAGGAAGAACAAAGUUUUUCUAAAGACUUAAUAAGGGUAAAAGUAUUUAUGAGUUUGGGACACUUGCUUGAGAAAUAAAGGGUAUUAGAAAGAGUUUAUUCUGCUUUUGUUGGAAUAACUGUCUCUACUGUCCAGAGAGGACAGAUUGUCUACGAGAUUUUGGACUCAUUGGAUAUUGCUGAGGACACCACCUGUUUCUCCAGGUGGACUGAGAUCAGAUGAUUGUGAGUAACAUACAGUAGCAACCACUUACCAGCCACCUGAAAUGGCGUAACACUUUUAUAUCGCAAGAACUAUAUAAUGCUUACCUACUAUUACCUUACUAAACAAAUCAAAUCAAAUCUCUUAUAUAGGCCUGCCACUAUGAGUUGGAGGUAAUAUCCGACAUAGAUUAUCUGAGUAAAUAUAAAAAGCAUUUUUUAAGUGGCCUAGUCAAAGUCUGAUUGAGAUGCUGUGGCAUGAUAUUGAACAGGAGAUUAAUGCUGGAGAACCCUCCAAUGUGUCUGAAUUAAAACAAUUCUAUAAAGAAGAGUGGAACAAAGUUCCUCCACAGAGAUUUCAAAGACUCAUUGUCACAACCAAAUUAUUAAAUUUAGGGGGCAAACACUUUUUCACACAGAGAAAAAUUGGUUUGGAUAGUUUUUUUCCCUUAAUAAAGGAAAUCAUCAUUUAAAAAGUGCUUUUUAUUUUCACUCAGGUUAUAUUUGUCUGAUAUUAAAGUUUGUUUGACAAUCUAAAAAUACAUAACCAUGACCAACAUGCAAAAACCAAAACCAAAUCACGCCACUGUACCGAUAUGACCUGAAACUUUUUAGUGGACCUCAGAAUUGCCUAUAUUCUCCACAGAGCACAUUAACGCAUAUUAGUUAAUAUUCUAUAUCAACUUUGUUUAAACAAUUGAUUUAAUUGUGUUUUAAAAGAAAGGAAUUGCUUUCAUCAUGUAUCAGCAUUAUUUCUGGGACAAUAUAGAGAACCAUUCAAAGGUUUGGACACACCUUCUCAUUUAGUAUAUUUUUCCUUAAUUUUUUUUCUACUUUUUCCUACAACUGAAUACCGAUGUCAUCCAGACUAUGAUGAAAUACAUAAGGAAUCAUGUAGUAACUUAAACGUGUUAAACAAACCCAAAUAUUCUGUGAAGUAUUUAGGUUCUCUUAUCAGGGGGCAGUUACAUUGUGGUUUCUGAGGCUGGUAACUCUGAUGAACUUUUAGUCUUCUUUUCCUGGUGCGGUCCUGAUGAGAGCCAGUCAAAUCAUUUUUUUAUGGCCAUUGUGACUGCACUUGAAAAUACUUUGUGGAAGUUUGUGGAUUUUUUCUGACUGAAUAACCUCAAUUUUUAACUUAGUUUUAACGUAGUGUUUGCCAUUAUAUAAAGUAGAAAAUUUCUCAGAUAAGUUCAACACAGUUGUUAACUGAAAAGCCAUUCCUUUCCAUCUCAUAAAGCUGACUGAAAAAAUACCAAAAUACAGUGUAAAGCUGUCAUCUAAUUAAGAGGUGCUACGUUGAAGAAUAUAAAAUAUAAAACAUGUUAUAGAUUGUUUAACACUUUUUGUUGACUACAUAAUUCCAUAUAUUUUUCUUAAUAGAUUGGAUGACCUAAGUAUUAAUCUACAAUGCAGAACAUUUUAAUAUAAGCUAAAUAACACUGAAUUUAGGGUGUGGUAAAUACAAAACCAAGGCCCAGCACUAAGUAUGUCAACUGCACUAAGUAUGCAGCACUAGCAGCAAGUAUGUCAACAGGCCAGCAGGAGGCGCCAAUCCAGCAUAAUUGUAAUUAUUCUACAUAAUAAAAAAACUGGCAAAAAAUAAUUGAUUACACCAUAAUUAUGAUGGUCCUGUUAAAAAAAAAGAGAUAAAAAACAACAUACUAAGCUAUGUGGCUCCUGUUAGCCAUCACCAGUGCCUUAAAUCAGCCAAUCAGAGCAGAGUGCACCUUUUUUGAUUCUCUGUAAAAAAAAAAAAAAAAAAAAAAAGACAGUGUUUUAUUUUGGACUAAAAUAACUGGGGAAUAAACAGGCUUGUUAAAACUAUCUGAAAACUUUGCUUCAUAGCUGAAGUUACAUACAUACUGCCAUAUUUUUUGCACUAUAAGGCACACAGGACACAGGCCGCUAGGUGCCGAGACCUAUAAUGCCUAGCUAAGUUAUGUAAACAAAAGUGUAAUUCUUAAAAAUAAAACAUUUCUUAUGAAUCAGAGAAGUGCUGAUUGUUAAUCUACACAAUUUUCUCUCCUGAAAGAAAUUCUCUUUACUCUUGUGUGAGUAAAGCUAUUCCAUUUAUUUAGCUUAGAUUUCCAGAUUUCCAGUAAGGCUAGAGCAUUAGCAUUAGCGGCUAACCGCUAGCGACAGCACUACACUGAGGAAUACCUGGGAUCUAAAGCACCUUAAACAAAAGUAAAGUGAUUGUUGGGUAUAUAUUGUGCACAUGUUCAUGUUGUGUUUUUAUGUUCAUGAGAACUCUUCAGGCUUUCUGUUGAAAAAGAAAUGUAAAAAAAUGUGGCAUAUAUAAUGAAGAUAUUCAAAAAAUUAUGUUUAUACCUGUGGAUAGUGACUUAUGUUAUGAACAAAUCUUGCUUAUUUGCACACAUUUUAAAUGUAAAUACUAGGAAUAGAGGUAAACUGUAAAAAUUACUCUGCUAAUUAAUUCCUCCAUUUACCCCCUCUCCAAAAAUAAGUGUUAAUUAUUGCUGUGUUUGUCACUAUUUGAGAAAAUGAUGCAAAAAUCUGUUCACUUGCACAGUAAGAAUAUAUUUCUCAAUUAAAAUAAAUACAGACAAUUUA